AUGAAUCAAGCGCCUGUGAGGUGUGGAACAUCUGCUUUGGCUGACAGGCAGGUGGGUCGCGUCUCAGGUGGACACCCUGAGAAAUCCAGCUGUGCCCUUCUGAUCAGAGAGGCCAGUCGCUGUUCUCCUCUCAGCACCUGUCAUCCUCUUCCUAAUGAACACAUUCAGCCUCGCCUCGCGCUCUCGCCACCCUGUCAUCUCUCGUUAGCGCGCCGCGCCGGGACCGGAGGACGCGCUGCGCAGCUUUGUCUUCUGUUCUCCGUGCAGCUGGACAAUGUGGACGAGCAGGCGGCGCAGAUCCGCAGAGAGCUGGACGGGCGACUGCAGCUGGCCGAGAAAAUAGCCAGAGAGAGGAAGUUUCCAACGUUUAUUUCCAAAGACAUGGAGAUGAUGUACAUGGAGGAGCUCAGGUCGUCCGUUAACCUGCUGAUGGCGAACCUGGAGAGCCAACCUGUGGCCAAAGACUUCAAGCCCAAAAUCAAGGCCAAACUCACACCCAUGAACAGCUUCCUGGACAUUGGCGAUGAGAACGACAUGCCUCUCUCCAAAUCUGACGUAGUGCUGUCGUUUUCUUUGGAGAUUGUGAUCAUUGAGGUGCAGGGGCUGAAAUCGGUUGCUCCUAAUCGGAUUGUGUACUGCACUAUGGAGGUGGAGGGAGGAGAGAAGCUCCAGACGGAUCAAGCCGAGGCCUCCAGACCACAGUGGGGCACACAAGGAGAUUUCACCACCACACACCCCCUGCCCGCGGUCAAAGUCAAACUCUUCACCGAAAGCACCGGAGUCCUGGCUUUGGAGGACAAGGAGCUGGGCCGGGUGGUUCUUCACCCCACCACAAAUGGGCCCAAAACGGCAGAGUUGCACAAGAUGGUAGUGCCUAAGAACAGCCAAGACGUGGAUCUGAAAAUCAAACUGGCGGUUCGCAUGGACAAACCCCCCAACAUGAAGCACAGCGGGUAUCUUUACGCUUUAGGCCAGAGAGUCUGGAAGCGAUGGAAGAGGAGAUAUUUUGUGCUUGUUCAGGUGAGUCAGUACACAUUUGCCAUGUGCAGUUACCAGGAGAAGAAGUCCGAGCCGCAUGAGCUGAUGCAGUUGGACGGGUAUACGGUAGAUUACUCCGAUCCGCAGCCAGGUCUUCAGGGAGGCAGAGCCUUCUUCAGUGCUGUCCGAGAAGGCGAUCUGGUGGUGUUCGCCAGCAAUGACGAUCAGGAUCGCGCUCUUUGGGUCCAGGCCAUGUACCGUGCCACAGGCCAAUCCUAUAAACCAGUAGCGCCCACCCAGAACCAGCAGAACUGCAGAGGAGGGAACGCCCAAAAAGAUGCCCCUGUGUCCUUACUCAGUUUGGAGAAGACUCAGAGACAGGGAGUGGAGGAGCUCAUCUCUUCCAUGCCCUGCAACUUCGACCACGCCAGCCUGUUCUUCAUCCUGCAGAAACACACACUCAUACACCGCAUGAACGACUCCUUUUCCUGCCUGGGUUGGUUCAGCCCGGGCCAGGUGUUUGUUCUGGACGAGUACUGCGCUCGAUACGGGGUGAGGGGCUGUCAUCGUCACCUCUGCUACCUGAAAGACCUGAUGGACUUCUCCAAUAACAACGCCCUGGUGGACCCGACCCUCCUACACUACAGCUAUGCCUUCUGUGCCUCACACGUCCACGGAAACAGACCGGACGGCAUGGGCACAGUGACAGAACAGGAGAAGGAGGAGUUUGAGGAGAUCAGGAGCAGACUGCUGACUUUACUGGAGAAGCAGAUCACACAUUUCAGGUACUGUUUCCCCUUCGGGCGACCGGAGGGGGCUCUUAAAGCCACGCUCUCUCUUCUGGAAAGGGUUCUGAUGAAAGACAUCACCACGCCGGUCCCACCUGAGGAGAUGCGUAAGAUAGUUCAGAAGUGCCUGGAAAAAGCUGCGCUCAUCAAUUACUCCCAGCUGACUGAAUACGCCCAGAUUGAAGCAGACAGCGGUCAGGCGUCUCCCGAGAGAAGGCUGGAGGAUAUGAUCAGACUAGGAGAGUUGUGUAUGGAAGUGUUACAACAGAACGACGAGCAUCACUCUGAGGGAAGAGAGGCCUUCUCCUGGUGGCCAGAGGCGAUGGGGGAGCACGCCGAGACCUUCCUGUCUCUGUACACGGUGGACAUGGACGCAGCAUUGGCUGUCCAGCCGCAGGACUCCUGGGAUAGUUUCCCCCUCUUUCAGCUGCUCAACAACUUCCUCCGAACUGACCCUCACCUGUGCAAUGGAACGUUCCAUAAGCACCUCCAGGACCUGUAUAUCCCUCUGGUGGUGCGCUACAUUGACCUGAUGGAGUCGUCGAUAGCUCAGUCCAUUCAUCGCGGCUUUGAGCAGGAGACGUGGCAGUCUGUGAAGACCAUCACCAACAAUCUGCCCAGGGUUCCCAACCUGCCUCUUAACCUCCCUCAGAUGCCCAGCUUCUCGGCCCCUUCCUGGAUGGGGCCGCUGUGUGACAGCAACGGACAAGGAAUUAAUUUGCCAGAUAUUUUUAAUGGCUCGGCCACAUCAGAAGAUCUAUUCUGGAAGCUGGAUGCUCUCCAGAUGUUCGUGAUGGACCUGCACUGGCCAGAGCCGGAGUUCGCCAAACAUCUGGAGCAGAGGCUCAAACUGAUGGCUAGUGAUAUGAUGGAGGCCUGUGUCAAAAGGACCAAAGCUGCCUUUGACGCUAAAAUGCAAAAGUCUUGCAGGUCGACUGAUUUCCGCGUCCCCUUGUCUGUGUGCACAAUGUUCAAUGUUCUCAUGGAUGCCAAGAGGCAGUGCUCCAAGCUCUGUGUUCUUGACCAAGGCCAGGAGGUUGAGCAGCAGUGGCAGCAGUACCACUCAAAAAUCGAUGUCCUGAUCGAUGAGGCCUUUAAGGAGAUGAUCUCCACCUUGGUCUCAAAGUUUGCAGCUGUUCUGGAUGGGGUGUUGUCCAAACUCUCACGAUAUGACGAGGGAACAUUCUUCUCCUCCAUCCUGUCUUUCACGGUAAAAGCAGCAGCCAAAUAUGUGGACGUCCCAAAACCUGGUAUGGAUCUAGCAGACACCUACAUCACCUUUGUACGACAGAACCAGGAUAUUCUGCGCGACCGUGUGAACGACGAGAUGUACGCAGAGAAAAUCUUUGACCAAUGGUACAACUCUUUGAUGAAGGCGGUGUGUGCCUGGCUGACGGACAGACUUGACCAGCAGCUGCAUGUUUACCAACUCAAAACUCUCAUCAAGAUUGUCAAGAAGUCGUACCGUGACUUCAGGCUGCAGGGUGUGUUUGACGGCACGUUGAACAACAAGAGCUACGAGACCGUUUACAACCGGCUCACUAUCGAGGAAGCCACGGCAGCCGUGUCGGCCGCGGACGGUCUGCAGGGCAUUACCAUGAGGGACAGUGAUGAAGAAGAGGGUUAACGUCCCACCUACUGGACGGUCAUAAACUUGAUACGAAGAGGUCGGAUUCCAGCUCUCCUGAUUGGAGCUCACGCUUCAUGCUCCCUAGACAGUGCUACACUGCCCUCUUGUCUAAGCCGAUGUCACCAUGCUUGUAUAAAACUCUCAUUGGCCACUUACAGACAGCUAAAGUGUCUCUGUCGUUCUGUAUUUGAUGUGCAGUGAUACGGUGGCUCAUCACAAGGCAAGCUCGGGAAGCACUUGUAGGCACAAAUUUACCCACAAAGAACCAGCCGAUGAGUUGUAAGUGUAUCAUAGACAUGGUGUACCAGAGUGAAAACUAGACAUACAGAGCAUGAGGGAAGUAGCGUCUGCUUAUGUGCCGUUUCUUUA